AUGGCAGAAAUUGGAACUCCAGCGACACCGGCGUCGCCCGUGUUCCCGGACACUCUCGGUUCGGUCACCGCCCUUGCGCGGUUUGAAUUCGAGCCCGGACGGGGCAACGAAGGCACCAAAGUCAUGAUGGUUGAAUGGCAAGACGACGACCACACCCGCUCCAACUCCGGUAGAUGGCAGGUCUCCUGGUCCGGCAAGAGAACAGUCUUCCCCGCGGACGACCACCCUUCAGACAACAUUCGCCGAGUCUACUUUCUUCUGCCUCCUGGCGCGACCAUCCCUCCUCACGUCACCCUCGCGUACCAUCCCAGCUCUUCGGAAAGGACGACCGAGGAGCCAGCCGCACCGCUGCGGAUGACGGUGAAUCCCCUGCCGGCCAUCUUCACUCCGGAACUCGGCGCCACCGCAAAGGCCGCCGGGAGACGAGGAGUGCUGCACACGAUAUGGGCCAAGAAGAGACUGCAGGUCCUCGAGGAAGAGAUCAAGCACGAGGAGGAGCACAAUCUGGAGGGCAUAGCCCUGGAGAUGGCCCUCUCGGAACGGAGCUGGAUAGAGAACAACUUCGGCGUGGCCACGAAGCCUCCUGCGUUGGAUCUGACCGCCGCCUCCAAAGCACCUCUUGCGCCGUCGAGCCCCGGCAUGCAGAGCCCACGCUCCCCGGGUGGCAGGAGGCUGAGCGAGAAAUUGAAAGGGUUGACCCUGGGGACCAGCGAGAAGGACCUGGCCGGCCGGGCCCUCAACACGCCUACGCGCGAGGUGCAUCCCUUGUCCCCCGAGGCAUCUGACCUGGCAUACUCUUCGUUCGGUGCCUUCGGGAACGGACCCUCGCCCGCGUCCGCCGCGGUCCCGUCGAAAAGGAUGGUGGCCCAGGCACCCCCUGAUCAUAUUAGACAGCAGCAGGAACGAUCCAUCGGAGGCUCGAUGGACUUCGUGACCAACAAGAACCCCACGGACUCGACUGAAGAUGAUCUUUUCGCCGUCGCUCUGAGUCCCCGAUCACCCGAGGAUACAAAAAGUCCGUUCUCUUUCUCCAGCGCUGACAUCGGGGCGUUCGAGAAGCUGAGGGGAGAGCGGUGA